CCCGCCCUCUGACUGCACAACAAGAACUAGUCCGGCAUAGGACUACGUAAGAUACUCACGAGGGACAAUGUCCGUUCAAAUGCGGCCUACAUGCAUUUUACCUUUGAUUUGUGUUAUUCUUCUGUGGGCACCUGGAUGUACAGCGCGCUACACAGCAAACUGGACCAGUCUGGAUGCCAGACCGCUGCCCAAGUGGUUCGACGAGGCAAAGAUCGGGAUCUUCGUCCACUGGGGGGUCUUCUCGGUCCCUGGCUUCGGGCAGUUUAGUGAGUGGUUUUGGUACUGGUGGCACUCCCAAAAGCGCGCUGAAGAAGUUAAGUUCAUGCAGAAGAACUACCCGCCGGGUUUUGAAUACGCGGAUUUUGCGUCCGAGUUUCGCGCAGAGUUCUUCGAACCAGACAAGUGGGCAGACAUAUUCAAAGCCUCUGGAGCAAGGUAUGUGGUUUUCACAUCCAAACACCAUGAAGGAUUCACAAACUGGCCCUCAGCGAGCUCUUGGAACUGGAACUCAAUGGAUGUAGGUCCUCACCGGGACCUGGUGGGAGAACUGGCUACAGCUAUCAGGAAGAAGUCCUUACACUUUGGUCUUUACCACUCUCUAUAUGAAUGGUACAAUCCUCUUUACUUGUUGGACAAAGGCUCUGGAUAUAAGACUCAGCAUUUUGUUGCCAAAAAGGCUCUGCCAGAGCUAGUGGAACUUGUGAUGUCAUACAAACCUGAUCUGAUCUGGUCUGACGGGGACUGGGAAGCACCAGAUACCUACUGGAACUCCACUGAGUUCCUGGCCUGGCUCUACAACGACAGCCCAAUCAAGGAUGUGGUGGUGACCAAUGACAGGUGGGGUAACGGCUGCUACUGCAAACAUGGGGGCUACUACAACUGUGCUGACAGGUACACGCCUGGUAAACUUCCAGACCACAAAUGGGAGAAAUGCCAGUCCAUUGACAGCCGUUCCUGGGGUUACCGAAGAGACAUGAUGCUGAGCGAACUCAUGGACCUGCCCUCCAUCAUUAAGGACAUGGUGUAUGUAGUGGCAUUGGGUGGUAACUACCUGCUGAACAUUGGGCCGAUGUCAGAUGGCAUGAUUGCCCCGGUGUUUGAGGAGAGGCUGAGGGGACUUGGUGCCUGGCUGGGGAUUAAUGGGGAGGCCAUCUAUGCUUCCAAACCCUGGAGGGUCCAGACGGAGAACAGCACUGUCACUGUCUGGUACACUGCUAACAACAAAACCGUGUACGCCAUAAUCCUUGGCUGGCCUUCCAAACAACUACUUCAGCUCACAGCACCAAAGACGACGGCAGCCACACAAGUUACACUUCUGGACUACCCUAAACUCCCAUUGAAGUGGACACCAAUGACACCGACAGCUGGACUGACGAUUGUUAUGCCUACAAUGCCAGCAUCUCCUGGGGAUGCCUGGACUCUAAAACUGGAGGGAGUAGUCUAACGUCAAAGAGCUGUAACAAAAGACAGUCUUUAGGUCAAUGGACGUGUCUGUUAACACCUUGCUUUACUGUGUGUGCAAUAGCAAAUGAAGUAAUCAAUGGGAUUUAAGUGGGAUUUCACUGUGCAUUUAGCACGCACCGUAAUAUUAAAAGGUUGUCAACUUAAAAAAUGUACUGCUAUUAGAUAAUCUCUAUCAAUUCUCUUUAUUGAGCUCCUAUGUUAACUUACCCUGUGUUUUAGUGAACAUGAUUUUCUUUGUAUUUUCCCAGUGUAAGGAUGAGUGAAGUAGUUACAUUUGACCGUAUAGUUGCACUGAGCACAUUGUGUGCCUUUGAAAGAGAUUUCAACAUAUCCUGUUUACUCUUUUGCACAGAUUUUUACAUCUGCAUGUACAAGAUUGUUUUUAAGAGUCUCAUCACUGUGAUGAAUGGUUCUUUUAAAUCUUUUAGGGUCUGAAUAUAAUAUGUGCCAAUGUGUUUUUUAUUAUGGAGUCCAACAUGUGACAGUUGGGUAUACGUAUUAUUAACAUAGUUGUAUGUUUCUUUUUCUGUGAGGGAUUAUUUUGUAACGGUUUGUUUCUUGAUUUUACCAUGUGAUAGGCUUCUUCCACCAUCGCCUGGAUGACGCUGUUCUCUGUAAUGUAAAUGUACAUUAAUCAAUUGAAUCAAAAGCGGGAAGGACAGGGAUUUUAAAAGGUUGUCAAAAUAAACAAUCCAACAUUG